AUGGAGCGCGGUCCGAUGGUAGACGAGGCGCAGGCGGUGAACCUCGCGCGGCAGCUCGCAUCGGCCGUGGCGUUUUGUCACGCGAGCGGCAUCGUGCAUCGCGAUAUCAAGCCCGACAACGUGCUGGUCGUCAUGCGUCCCGAGGACCGUCACCAUCACCUCCCGUCGUCCCCUUCCGCUGAUGACUUCGAUCCGCUGGCCGUCGAUUUCCCCUCGUCUCCCAAAUCCACCCUGAAAGAAGCCGGGCCUCUCUCUUCCUCCUCGUUCUCCCCUUCCGCUUCUUCCUCCUCUUCGUCCUCGACCUUCUCCCCUUCAACUCCCUGCUCAUCAUCCCCCUCCUCGCCCACCAUUACGACCAGCGGUUCCCGUCGUGGCGCGUCGCGGUCGCCGUGCUCCUUGGCGUCGUUCUGCCUGCUGGACUGGCUCUCUACCCCCGACGCAGCUCCCACUUCGGAUAAUUCCGAGUCUCCGUCCACCUCGCAGCACACGGAUGACCACCGUGGGACCGUGAAUGGAGGUGCCACCGCCGCCCACAACACUUCAGGAAAUGAGAAUGCGGGGGUGUCCGCGGAUUUGGAGGUUGAAUCGCCGCCGGCAGCACCUAUGACGAGCGCACAGCGUCGUGAGCUGGUCGUGGGAGUGAAGCUGACUGACUUCGGCGGCUCUGCCGUGCUCAAGGGCGGGCUCGGCGGUGUGGUUAAAGGGCGGGGCGCGGGAACGCGCGGGUACAUAGCGCCGGAGGUGAUCACGGGACAGGCGUACGGGUGCAAGGCUGACGUGUACAGCCUCGGAAUCACGUUUUCCACCAUGCUGACGGGACAUAUUCCCGCCACGCCUGUGGACUUCUCCAAGCCCAUCUGGGAGAACGUGCCAGAGGGCGCGAAGGAUCUAAUCCGUCAGAUGCUUUACAUGGACCCGAAUCAACGGCUGAGCUCGUUCCAGGUGAUGGAGCAUCCGUGGCUGAAUCAGCCAGAGGCGAGGCGUGCGGAUGUCACUGCCAGGUAUCCCAGCCUGCUGCAGCCUUCAGCAAUGGUAAAGACAGAGAUGGCGUACGGUCAGGGCAGUACCAGUAACCGCGGCAGCAGCGGGGUCAGUGGGAGGACGUGCUGCAGUGCUCAAAGAAAUGCAGAUUGCAGCCCUCCAAUUGACUGCGAAGCAGCAGCCCCAUGA